AUCUAGAGUCAAUGUCGUCGCUUCAUAACAACCCUGUGUUGUAUAAGGUAGAGAUGUUACAAAAUAAUGGCGAUAGACAGGCUGAAAUCGUUUUUAAAAUCCUUCGAUGUCAGCUUCCCAGUGUUUUCUCUGACGAUCUUGUUCGGACUGGGAUCUUGGCUAACGAUAAAUGGAGUCUGGGUGGAGCUACCCUCUAUCGUCCUAUUCGUUCCAGAGCAAUGGACACUUUCCUCCUACCUGUCCAUCAUUGCUCAGGCGUCCAACAUCGGCCCCAUUGCUGUUUUGGUGCUGUAUAAAGUGAGACCAAAUUGGCUUAAUGAAACCUUUGUGACGUACGUCAUCAUCAUUGUGGGCAUCGCGUCAUGUGUACUGUCAGCGUUCCUGUGGCAGACGACAUCAACAGUAGGCGGGAAGAAACAUAGUGUAGCGCUGUUUAUUUUCGUUUUUCUGCUUAGUCUUUGUGACUGUACAUCUUCAGUUAUAUUUCUACCGUUCAUGGCUUUGCUGAAACCGGAUUACAUGACGGGAUUAUACAUUGGAGAGGGACUGAGUGCUCUUGUGCCGGCUUUGCUCGCUCUUGGCCAAGGUGUCGGGAAGUCAGAGUGUAAAAACAUAUCUACUGUGAAUUCAACUACAAACACAACCACCUUUCACACAGAACAAAUUUCUUCUCUUCCCAACUUCCCCGUUCGCGACUUCUUUUUGGCAUUGGCAGUCAUGAUGCUUAUUUGUGGGAUAGCUUUCUCUUUGUUGAAAUAUGCUCCUUUCUGUAAAAGCGAGCAUUUAACUCGUUCAGAGAAAUUGACAAGAUCUGAUAUUGCCACUUCAAGUACAUCUUGUCAACUGCGCAACAAGAAAGCAAUGGGGAAUGAUGCUGAAGACCAUACGGUAUUGAUCGAAAGACUCAAUCGCAAAAUGACGAAGGUACACCGAGUGGUUUGGUUCCUGGUUAUUGGAUGGGUCAGUUUCCUUGCAAACGGAUUUCUGCCUUCCAUCAAUACAUAUUCCUCUUUGCCUUAUGGGAGCGAGGCUUUCCAUUUGUCUGCCACCCUGGACAACAUUGCUAACCCCUUGGCGUGUGCACUGGCGUUCUUUCUUCCCGCCAAAUCAUUCAGAGUUCUUUUGUCUGCUAGCUUUACCGGCACAGCUUUUUCUGUAUAUCUAAUAGUCUUAGCAUCCAUGAGUCCUAACCCUCCACUGGUGGAUGAUCUCGGAGGUUCCUUCCUAAUGGUGGUGUCAUAUGUAGGGAAAACUUUCCUGUUUAUCUAUACCAAGGUGUGUGUAGCGGUGUUAUUCCGUCUGGAUGGCAAGCAGUCCCUGUUCUUUAUGGGUGGUGUGACACAGCUGGGGGCGUGUCUGGGUUCCGUGUUGGCUUACAUACUGGUCAAUGAGGCUGCUGUCUUUCAAAGUGCUCCACAAUGUUAACCCACUUUGUCUAAACCCAAACCAUUGAAGUGCAACAUGCCCUACAUGGUAUCCAGUUGUUAUUUUGCCACUCUGGGAUUCCAGUGUAGAUAGGUUUCAUUGUGUUAGUGAUUUAUCAGAACUAAUUUUCGUAUAUACCAUAAUAAAAGACUAUGAUUUCUAUUGAUUGUACUGGGGAAAAAUAAUUUCGAACUUAUACAUUUCUCUCAUGUUUAGAUCAUAAUAUUGCAUGUCAGUAUACUUUUUAUUAUGUUCUCUACAUUUUGUAUUAAGUAAAAAUGCAAUUUUUGUUCUUGGAAUUGAUUAAACAAUUGCAGUCAC